AGUCUGCAUUCUAGCCAGCGAACCUUCUGAAGAUGAGUGUAAGCGGUGCCAGCAAGACAGACGAUAUCCAGCAUGACCCACAAGAGGCGGAAAAAAGCACUAACUCCCCUCCGUCUCUUCCCUGCCCUGGUGCUGAGGGCAACAAGGACUCCGGCACCAAGGACGAAGCUCCAGUGUCAUUGCCAGCCAACCAAAAUGGCCAGGACAACAGCCAGCAGACUCCAAACAUGGCACCUCAAGACACGUUGCAAGAAUGUCCAGCAGUGCCAGCGGCAGUUUGUGAAGGCGAGACUAAAGACAGUGCCAGUGAAGAAGGUGGAAAAGUGGGGGACAAAUCACAGGAGGGAAGUCAUGACUCUGAGUGUAGAUCCCAAGAGAAAGACAUAACUUGUGAGGAUGUGAGAAAAGCCGAGGGAAAAUCCUUGGAAGUAAACAUUGCUGGAGAAAUGGCUUCCGUGUUUGCGGAAGUGACGAGUGAGUUUAAAACCGCAUUUAAGGAUGUACAUAGUGAAUUAUGCUCGGCUGUGCACGAGAUUAAGGACGAACUCAGUCAAGUACUUAUUUCUUCUACUCAGUCUAUAUCAGGUGCUUCAGACCAAGUGAUAAAAGAGCAAACAGAGAGUAAAACAGACAUUGAAGGUAAUAUUAUAGCCCCAGGGAGUGAUGUCAGACCUCCUGUGGACCACUCUAGUUUUAAGGAAGUGUUAACUACAGAAAAAGAAUUGGUGGUGGGUGAGCAAGAGAGAAAUGCAGGUAUAUCUGAGGAACCCCAUGAUUUCGAAGGGAAAGAGGCUGUUACAAAGGAAGUGAAGCCAGUGCAGCAUCAUGAAGGGGCAAAAAGGAGGUCAGGUUGUGUAAAUAUAGAGGACAGGAUAAAUGAGAACAGUCUUUGCUGCAGUGAGAGUGAUACUUUGUUUCAGAACCCUGAUAGAUUCAAAACAGAGAAUGGUGUGGUCCAAGUUUAUGAUGCAAAUGUUGGGCAACAGCAGUCAAAGGAUGCUAGUGACAGUGAGAGUUUGGCAACAGAAACCCAAGAGGGGAACCAAAAUAAAUUCGGGGACCAAAAGAAUUACAAAGAAUCUGAGAUUCAGAUGACAGACAAGCAGAAGGAGGAGCAGGGCAUCAAAGAUCAACCACUGUCAGCCCCAAGUACUCCAAUACCCCCAGCAGCUGGCCAUCCACGCAAGUCCAUCCGCCUCCAGGGCUGCCGUGGACGUAGGGUUUCCUUCCCAGAAGAUGACACUCGCCUCAUCUCCAGCUACCUGGAGCCUGUGAACCCAUGGCAGCAGAUGUCUGGCGUUACGGUGGAAGAGAUUGCUGCCGCCUACAGGUCUUCUUGCGAACGCCAUCGCACACAGCCCUUACCAACUGUAGUCCAGCAGAUCAAGGCGCUGCCUUUAGGUUUUGGGGCCGGUGGAGUGCUGAGCCUCCGUGGGCAGAGGCUAGAUGGUAGUCAGUGUGAGGGCUUGGAGGAAAUAUUUCGCAGAGUGCAGUUCAAGAUCCUUGACUUGGAAGGCUGUUCCUUAGAUGACGACACUGCCAUUCCCCUAUUUGAUAUGAUUGAGUUCUAUGACUCUGCAACACAAUUAAAUAUUUCCUGCAAUGCAAAGAUUGGCUUCAGGGGUUGGCAGGCUUGUUCUCGCAUGCUAAAGCGAACACCCUCUGUGGAGUAUCUUGAUGCUCGCAACACAAACCUCAAUGAGACCAAUAUGCCCAUCUUAGGGAGAGCACUUCGACUAGGGGCUCGUCUACACACUCUUCACCUAGAAAACUGCAAUUUGACUGGAAGACCUCUAAUAAUGCUUACUGCAGCCUUAAAGCAUAAUGACACCCUAGCUGAACUGUACUUAGCUGAGAAUCGGCUUGGUGUCAAUGACUGCAUACAGCUUGGAAAUCUGGUGCGGGCAAAUAACACGCUUCGUCUCCUUGACCUUCGUAACAAUAAUGUACAAGAUGCAGGUUGUGGUCAUGUUUGUGAGGGCAUUGCAGAGCAGCAGAUGCAGCAGAUACAAGAGGGGAAUACACAGGAGACCGAGAGCACCAGGGUUAAGGGACUCAAUUCCCUAGUGCUCUGGAACAACCACCUGACUCAGCAGUCAGCAACUCACCUGGCUAGUAUGCUGAAUGUCACAACAGCACUUGAGACUCUGAAUCUAGGUCGCAAUAACCUCACAAGUGAAGGCAUCUUACGGCUGAAGGAGUCUCUCCUGAGGAACCGUGCCCUUUUGCGGCUGGGUCUCCAGGCUGCCAGGGUUGCAGAUGAGGGAGCAGUUGCGCUGGCUGAAUACACGGCAGACAAUACAGCCAUCCAGCAUAUUGAUCUGCGUGAGAAUCCAAUACGGGUGGCAGGUCUCAUGGCACUCGCACAUUCAUUAAGGCUUAAUUCUACAAUUAUCCAGAUGGACUUGGAUUCUGACCCAAGAACAGAACCAGCUGUCGAAUUAGCCGAACAGCACACAAUGUUACAAAAAGAGAUCAAAGAAUAUUGUCAGCGAAACCUCACUCGAAGUCAUAUCAGGGCCACAGAAGUGCAGGCCAAAGACAAUAGCCAGGAUACUUCCAGAAGCCAUUCGCCAAAUGAGGGUUUAGCCACAUGUAUAAGGAAGAUAUCUCUUACCUGUGAAACUUCUACAAAAACAACCAUUGCAGAGAAGAUUGAAGGCCCUAUCCUAGAAGAGGAAAAACCAAAAUACACAAGUCCAGAGCCAAGCCCUCUGCCCAGUCCUUCUCCCAGCCCUUGUGCAAGUCCAUCCCCUAGCCCUGUUCCCAGUCCACUUAAAAAUAGGUUUCGAGUUAUCAAAGUACAGGAGACCUCCAAGAGCCCGGUCCAGUCGCCUGUAACUUCCUGCCACGCAGCUGGACUCUGUAGUUCAGCACACUGCUACACCCACGGGCAGGAAUUUAGCAUAGGUGGCCGUUUCACUGUUACUCGUGUGGUUGAAUCUUCAGCGCCUUCAGGACCUUGCAGCCUGCCUUCAAGCCAUACAAAAGUUACAGCAACACAGUCAGCAUGCACUAUUCCAGCUGCAACUACUGCUGAAAGCCCCAAGAUUGUUAUAUCAUCUCCUGUUAGAGUAGAGAGAGGGUUUAGUGUGGAUGGUAUUACAACCUCAGUUAUACCCAAACAGGUCUUGCAACAAUCAGAAAAGUUGGCAAGCACUGAUACCGGGUCUGACCAAAACAAAAACGUUUUUGACUCUGAUGGUCUUCCAGCAGUUCAAGCAGGGUCACAGCCGCCCUCAGGAGUACAUGUCCGAUUGAAAUCAGACAGUAGUGAUGGUGAUGAUGUGUUUCUAGAUUCUCCUUGCUUGACCUCAACUAAUGGCAGAUGCUCUGUAGUGUGCAAGAGUGGUUGUGACAGCCGCAGCACAGAUAAGGAUGCCGAUUCAGUAAGUUCAUGUGACCUGACAGAUAGUGGCUUUCUUGACGAGGGCCUGUGUGGCAGGGGUGCUGUCAGCCCCUCCCCAGCUUGUGCAGCCCAAUCCAGAAGGCGACCGGGAUUCUCUCUUGAGCUCUUCUGUGGACAGUACCAGCCAAGAGGAAACUGGACUUGGUUCUUCCAUCGAUGGCAGCAGCAACAGCAUCCUGCCGGGGUCAUUGCCGUCCCCAUGCCCCUCUCGUCCUGCAACCUGCCAAAACCUGACAAGCUGCAACUAGCCGAGCCUCUGAAGAGAGCCCCUCUUGCUUCCAUGGAAAAUGGCAGCUUUGACUCUGACAGCGAAGACAGUGAGGUAACAACACAGUCAUCGGACUCAACUCACAGCGAUGAAGUCCGUAUAACGACUGAGCAGUAUUCCCCUCGACCUGCCUGGGAGACCAAGCAAGAGCAGGUGAAUGUAGCAAAGACAUCAGAAAGUAGUAUAGUUACAUCAGGGACUUCAUCGGGGACUUGUUGA